AUGUCCUUUGACGGCUCCUACGCUCCGUCGCUCAGCCCGACGGCCACGGCCAAGAGCAGCGACACCUUUGGACGCUCCCUUCUGUCGCCUUCCAUUUCGUCCUUUUCCUCGCCCGCCGCACAGCGCCAGACGUCUCAGAUUUCCAAGACAUACCGGCAAGCCUCAACUCUAUUCCUGACGCGUCGCCUGCCCGAGGCCCUCAGCACGCUGCUGCCGCUCAUCACACCACCCUCCGAGGGCGAGCCUACGCCAGUAUCCGGCGCCUCGCGCACCACGAGGGUCAAGGUGUGGAGCCUGUACCUCACCACGCUCAAUGCCAUUGUGGAGAUGGAGCCCGAGGAGGGCAAGUCCGCCUUUGGCACGCAGGAAUGGAGGGCCUUGUGCGCCAAGGUCCGCGAGGGCACCGUGUGGGAGGAUGUUGUCAGGAAUGGAUACCACGGGUCCGAGGGCGAUGUCGACUCAGAGGUUGUCAUUAACCUAGCUACCCUCCUACUUGCCCAUGCCCAGAACCAGACUCUCAACCAAAAGAAAUUAGAGACAUAUCUCGCCUCAUGCAACGCGCCCAACUUGGAUUUCGGAAACAAGCUCAACGGGGGUCGCUCCCCAGGGCCUCGCAUGAGUCGCUACGCCUCACCGGCCAAGGGAACCAGCGGUACAGAUACGCCAAGAGAUCUGAAUGCCCGUGUCAAAAUCCUCGAGCUGUACACGUUGCAUGUCCUGCUCCGCAACAACGAGUGGGAUUAUGCGCGCGAGUUCAUCUGCGUCAGCGCCGUCCUCGACGAUGAGAGACGCGAAGCCUUCCUCCAGGCUCUGCAGAGCCUCCAGGAAGAGCAGCAGGAGAAGGACCGCCAGGAGCGUGAAGAGCGCCAACGGCAAGAAGACCAGCUGCGAAGAGACAUUGACGAGGCUCGUCGACUGCGGGAAGCGAGCGAAGAGCGUGAGAGACGGCGCCUCGACGAAGAGAAAGCCCGCAAAGAAGCGAGCGAAACCGACUAUGGCGUCGAGUCGAGUCCGAGCCCCAGCCCACGACGAGCACCGAGACCAUCCUCGAGCUCGAUAUCUCGGCCCGCCGCUGGUAGAAGCGGUCCCGGCCAAACACCUACCCUCACCGCGCGCGCCAGUGCCGUGUUCAGCCGCAUGAAGAUUGUCAUCGAGCAAAUCGCCCAGACACUCAACAGCAAUCCCGUCAUUGUUUUGAGAAUGCUCGGAUUCAUCGUCAGCCUGCUCAUCAUGCUGGGCCACAAGGGCCUCAGACAGCGCCUGCAGCGUCUGCUUGGUGCGUCGUGGGCCAAGGUCGCCGCCACAGCAGGCAUGGGAACCAAGGUCAGCUACAUCUAA